GAGUAUUCACGCAGAACAGCUUCUGCUGAAUUAUUUCUAUCUAUUUUUCAAAAUGAAAAUAUUACAGAGAAUAACAAUGAACCAAAUAUACUAAAUAUAAGUCAUGAAGAAUCAAAUGAAGAACCCAAUGAAUCUGUAGAUGAUGAAAAUGAUAAAAUUUUGAAAUUAACUCUUUUGGAAGAAUUUGGCCAAUUCUUAGACAUAUGA